AUGGACCUUCUUCGUGUGGCCCUGCUGUGCACCUUUUUCUGCUUUGCGCAGGUUUGGUCAUCGCCAAUAAACUGUGUCCUUAGCAAGGAUUUAAUGAAGGGAUCCUAUACACUUUUAGAGACUGCGGGAGGCCUUUUCCCUAUGCAGUGCCUGGAGGAAAAGGUUGUCAUUCCUUUCCCGCAAAAUGCGUUCAAGUCUGAAAACACGGAUCAGGUUACUGGUGUAGAAAAAGCUGUUUACCAGACACUUGAGAAUAUUGACGCACUGUUUGAGAACUCCAGUGAUCCACACCAGUGGGAUGAAGAAAAGUGGAAUGAUUUUCGAGGCCUCGUAUACCGGCAGAUUGUGAAAAGCAAAUGCAUCAUGAACAAGUCUGAAGCAGCACAGGAUUUUCCCAGCAGAGAAGCUUCACUCAAGGUUUACUUCGAGACUAUAUCCUCAACUCUGAAAGAAAAGGAUUUCAGUUACUGCGCAUGGGAAAUUGUCAGAAAUGAGAUUCUCCACACCCUGAAGUUCAUACUGGACGACACCAUGUUAUUCAAGUCUUCAGAAUUCUAA